AUGAUGGUGGAGGGUAUUAACAGCUGUGCUACGCGAGCUGUGGGCGGCCAAACUGAAGAUGCGGCUGGUGUAUGGUGCGAAAACCACCACAUUGAUAGCAAUAGAAUUGUCGAGGGUAGUAAAACUGACAUUAAACAAUAUCCUUAUAAUGCUUUCUGUAAGCUUCAAACCGACGAUGGCGCUGUUAUGACGUGUGGUGGUGCUAUCAUCAGUAAGAACUACAUCUUGACAGCGGCACACUGUCUUGACAAUGUUACGACAGCAAUAGUGCGAAUUGGUAGUACAUAUAAAACUAACGGGGGCUAUGUAUAUAAAUCGACUUCAAUUUACCAGCAUCCUAGGUACCGGUCUGGCAAAUUUGACUAUGAUAUUGGUUUAAUCGUUAUUGAUGAAGGAAUGGAUAUAAACGGAAAAACUACCGACACCAUACAAGUUGAAAGAAGCUCAAGCAAACCGGAAGCAGGAAACAUGGUUACUAUUACUGGAUGGGGCGCGACUAAAGAAAAUGCCAAAGAAUCUGUGGAGGAGCUACGGGUGGGUGAGGUUGAAGUUCAGAACAGAACCUACUGUGAAGAAACUAACCCUGGAAUAACCAGGAGAAUGUUUUGCGCUGGCGGAGAUGGUAUAGAUACUUGUCAGGGAGAUUCCGGGGGCCCGGCUGUUGGGCCAUCACACACAUUGGUUGGAGUUACAUCUAAUGGAAUUGGGUGUGGGAGAGAAGGACAACCUGGAGUUUAUACCCGUACGUCAGCAUUUGAAAUCAGACUUUUCAUCAGUUUACUGACAAGAGGUUAA